CACUGACUGAGAUUGCAUUUUGUGUCACAGUGCCACCGGGAGAGGGGCGACAGACUGCUGCGCGUCAGGAGAUACCAGUCACCAUCCUUGCGGUUCAAGUGACACCGCGCCGCUGGGAAUGACAUUAGUAUACUAAAGAGAGAAUACACAAGAAAACGCGAAAAUGACUGUGGAUUUUGAAGAAUGCAUAAAAGAUUCACCCAGAUUCAGGGCUGGAAUCGAUGAUGUGGAGACAGAUGUGGUAGAAAUUGAAGCGAAGCUCGACAAGCUGGUGAAGCUGUGCAGUGGGAUGAUUGAGGCCGGCAGGGCCUACGUCAGCGCCAAUAAGCUCUUUGUCAAUGGAAUCAAAGACCUGUCCCAUCAGUGCAAGAAAGAAGAGAUGAUAUCGGAAUGCCUUGAAAAGUGUGGAGAGAGUCUCCAGGAGAUUGUCAACUAUCACAUGAUUUUGUUUGACCAGGCUCAGAGGUCGAUCAAACAGCAGCUUCAUACUUUCAUUAAAGAGGAUGUACGUAAGUUCAAGGACACCAAGAAGCAGUUUGACAGAGUGCGCGAGGACAUGGAGCUGGCUCAGGUGAAGAAUGCUCAGGCACCCAGAAACAAAGUGCACGAGGCAGAAGAGGCCACACAGGCCCUCAUCCUCAGCCGCAAAGCCUUUAGGCAUCUGGCCUUGGACUAUGUGCUGCAGAUUAAUGUGCUUCAGGCCAAGAAGAAGUUUGAAAUCCUGGAUGCAAUGCUGUCCUUCAUGCGAGCCCAGUAUACCUUGUUUCAGCAAGGCUUUAAUAUUUUGGAUGAAAUUGACCCCUACAUGAAGAAACUGGCUGCACAGCUGGAUCAGCUGGUUAUUGACUCAGCCGUGGAAAAGAGGGAGUUAGAGCACAAACACGCCCUCAUCCAGCAAAGAACUCUGAUGCAGGAUUUUUCGUAUGAUGACCCUAAGCUGGAAUUCAAUGUGGAUGCACCUAAUGGUGUUGUCAUGGAGGGCUACCUGUUCAAGAGGGCCAGCAAUGCUUUCAAGACCUGGAACAGGAGGUGGUUUUCAAUUCAAAACAGCCAGCUGGUCUACCAGAAGAAACUUAAGGAUUCUUUGACUGUGGUGGUUGAAGAUCUGAGGUUGUGCUCAGUUAAACCAUGUGAAGACAACGAGAGGAGGUUCUGCUUUGAGGUGGUUUCACCCACCAAGAGCUGCAUGCUGCAAGCAGAGUCCGAGAAGCUGCGGCAGGCUUGGAUCCAGGCAGUCCAAGCAAGCAUUGCUUCUGCGUACAAAGAUAUUGCUGACAACUAUUACAUUGAGCGCUUGGAUCGGACAGCCUCGCCCUCCACAAGCAGCAUCGACUCUGCCAGUGAGCCCCGGGAGAGGGGGGAGAGGGCUGACAAGGGAGUUCGGGGAGGGGGCGAGAGUCUCCUCCAGCGGGUACAGAGCCUGCCAGGUAACGAGUUGUGCAGCGACUGCGGCCAAACAGCUCCAUGCUGGGCCUCAAUCAACCUGGGAGUCCUGCUCUGCAUCGAGUGCUCUGGGAUCCACAGGAGUUUAGGCGUCCAUUUCUCUAAAGUACGCUCACUGACGUUAGACUCAUGGGAGCCCGAAUUACUUAAGCUGAUGUGUGAGUUGGGGAACACUGUGAUCAACCAGAUUUAUGAGGGCGCCUGUGAGCAAAAAGGAGCCAAAAAGCCUGGACCCUCCAGUUCAAGGCAGGAAAAAGAAGCCUGGAUCAAGUCAAAAUAUGUUGAGAAACGUUUCCUGAAAAAGAUGAGUGGGAGUGAGGCGCUGGUGGAAGGUGAGAGGAAGUCCCGCCCUUGGACAGUGAAAAAGUGCCAGCGACACAACAGCUCUGUUCGGGCCCCCAACAAGGCCCGCAGGAAAUACCACCGGUAUGAACCUGGCAGCGCCUCACCUGCAAACCUCUCAGCAGCAGCUGCAGCAAAGUUUCGGCGAGACUCCCUGUUCUGUCCAGAUGAGCUGGACUCACUCUUUUCUUACUUCGACACUGGCUCUGGGCCUCGCAGUCUUAGCAGCGACAGCGGCCUGGGAGGAAGUACUGACGGCAGCACAGACAUCCUGGUUUUUGGCUCAGUGGUGGACAGUGUAACAGAGGAAGAGGAAGAGUCUGAGGAGUCCUCCAGUGGUGAAGUGGAGAUCGAACAGGAAGUAUCUUCAGACCCUGAGGAUCCGAGGGAGCUACACCCUGGGGCGCUGCUCCACCGAUCCGCCCGUCUCCAUAAUUUACCACUCAUGGCGGAAGCAUUGGCACAUGGUGCUGAUGUACACGCUGCUACUGAGGAAGAGGAGGGGAAAACACCACUCAUACAAGCUGUGCUUGGGGGCUCUUUGAUAGCUUGUGAGUUCUUGCUACAGAAUGGGGCCGAUGUCAACCAGAGGGACAUGAGAGGCAGAGGCCCGCUACACCAUGCAACCUAUCUGGGGCACACUGGUCAGGUGUGUCUGUUCCUCAAACGAGGAGCAUCGCAGACAGAGGUUGAUGAACAGGGUCAAGAUCCCCUCAGCAUCGCUGUCCAGGCUGCCAAUGCAGACAUCGUUACCCUGUUGCGUCUGGCACGGAUGAAUGAGGAGAUGCGUGAAGCGGAGGCUCCACUGGGUCAACCAGGUCAAUACCCCAGCAGCAGCCCCACUGAGCAGCAGUAUAGGAAGUGCAUCCAGGAAUUCAUCUGUCUCACCAUAGACGAAAGCUAGUGCUCACUUCUGUACUUGGGAGCAUAGCAUGUGUUGCAUUCCCCCUUCCUGAGAACUUAAUCAUGUUGAAGUUGCCCCUAGGUGCUGAUCUCGAGCCAGUUGCUUCCUGAGAUCUAGGCUUACAGGAAACUUCUUGUAAAUGGGGCAUGGGAGGAGAAGGGGUCAUUGUAAGGUGCAGCGUGUCAUAGGGAGACGCCUGAUGGAACUUUCUAACUCUACUGACAAUACAGUCACCACCUCCAUAUUCCUCCAUCACCACUAAAUCUGCUUGUUAUUACUUGGCACUACCUAUGCUAUUGCUAUCAACACAGUAAAAAUAACACCUUCUUUUUGGUGUUUUGCAAACAGGGUUAUCCUCUAGUGUAACAUAACGUAACGUCUUGCGUGAGGGUAAAGGUCUAUUGUUGGCCGACAGCUCUUACACCUGAAGAAUCUCACUACAUUAACCCUCUAUACUUUAUAUCUAUCCAAACCAUCUGUGUGACAUCCAGCUUACCCAUCUCUUCUUAACCAGAGAUGUAAAUAUACUUAUUUAGAUAUUUAGAAACUGUGUACUGUGGCAUGAGGUGAAAAAAAGGUAUUUGUUCUGUUACUAAAAGAAAAAGAGUAACUGACAAGCUACAUUGGAGGUGGCAGGGUAGUUUACUGUGACAAAAAAAAAUUACUGAAGGGCUUGUGGGGAAGAGACCUUCGCCUGCUCUGUAAGAUAAUUUGUGAUGUGACGAAUGAGUGAACAAGAGAGCAAAUGA